UCCAAAAAAGUUAUCGAAGAAACGUUCAAGUUGCGACCAGAGAGAAUCUCUCAGGGAUCGGUCGUCUUUUUUUGUUUUUAUCUCCGACGAGCUCUCUCUCUUCUCUCACUUCUCCGAUUAGAUCCCGUGAGAAAAGAGUUUCACAGACUCAAGGAACCGACUGUUGUUGGGGAAUUCGCGAUAAAAGUGAUCGAUGAUACUGUUGCAAUCGCAUUCAAGGUUUCUUCUUCAGACGCUAUUGACGCGAGCUCAGAAUCUUGAUAAAGCAGUGACAAUGAAGAAUCCAAAUCUGUUGUUGCUUUCGGUUUCGUUACCAAACCCACCACCUGAAGCAAUGUCCUUUGAUGGACUUCCUUUAGGAGCCAUAGAAGCUAUUAAAACAACAUACGGGACUGGUUUCCAAAUACUUGAUCCUCCAAGAGAUGGUUUUAGUCUUACCCUUAAGCUCAAUUUCUCUAAAGUUCGUCCCGAUGAAGAGUUAUUAACGAAGUUAGCUUCCAUUAGAGAAGUUGUGAUGGGUGCGCCGUUGAAAAUCAUAUUCAAGCAUUUAGCUUCGAGGACGGUUGCUCCUGAGCUAGAUAGGCUUGUAGCAAUUAUGCAUAGACCUAACGAGACAUUUUUCCUCGUCCCUCAGGCGGAUAAAGUCACGGUGGCUUUUCCUAUGAGAUUUAAAGACUCUGUCGACACUGUUCUAGCAACUUCAUUCCUAAAGGAAUUUGUAGAGGCUAGGCGUGCAGCUGCGCUUAAUACUGCACCUUCUUGUUCGUGGUCUCCAACCGCACCGCAGGAGUUAGAGGGAGCUCCUAAAGAAACACUAUCUGCUAAUGCCGGUUUUGUUACUUUUGUCAUUUUUCCUCGGCAUGUGGAAGGGAAAAAGCUUGAUCGUACUGUCUGGAAUUUAUCAACCUUUCAUGCUUAUGUUAGUUACCAUGUCAAGUUCUCAGAGGGAUUUAUGCAUACCAGAAUGCGGCGUCGUGUGGAGUCUAUGAUUCAGGCUCUGGAUCAAGCUAAGCCAUUGGAGAAAACAAGAUCGAUGAACAACAAAUCAUUUAAACGUCUAGGACUCAACGAUGUCAACCACACCAACUCGAAGUAGUUUGAUUUCUCACAAAGCAAUUUUGUAUAAUUUUGUGAGUAGCUGAGGCAUGCUUUUUUCUUCUUUUUAAAUUGGAUUCAGUCUCUGAUUAUUUAUUUUUACGUUUCAGAUUUGGAUGUUUGCACAAUUCUUUUCAGAUACUCUAUACAUCUAAUCCUGCUAAAUAUUUGAACAAAUGUAUAAUGUUAAUUCUGUAUGAAAUUCACCUUUUGAUA